UUUUCUUGUCAGGCUGCUCUUCUCGCUUUGGCUGCACAUGCGGUUGAACCAAGUGAAGCAGAAAGACUUAAGUUUUUAUCAUCAUCUCAGGGGAAGGAUGAGUACUCAAAAUGGAUUGUUGGAAGUCAGAGAAGUCUUGUUGAGGUAAUGGCUGAGUUCCCAUCAGCUAAGCCUCCACUUGGUGUGUUUUUUGCUGCAGUAGCCCCUCGGUUACAACCUCGUUACUAUUCCAUAUCAUCUUCACCAAGGUUUGCCCCCCAUCGUGUUCAUGUGACCUGUGCUUUAGUUUAUGGUCCGACUCCAACUGGCAGAGUUCACAAAGGAGUGUGUUCCUUCUGGAUGAAGAAUGCAGUGUCUCUAGAGAAAAGUCAUAACAGUAGCUGGGCUCCUAUUUUCAUUAGGCAAUCUAAUUUCAAGCUACCUGCGGAUCCUUCAGUUCCAGUUAUCAUGGUGGGGCCUGGUACUGGGUUCGCACCAUUCCGAGGAUUUCUCCAGGAAAGGAUGGCCUUGAAAAAGGAGGGCGCUCAGUUAGGUCCUGCACUUCUCUUCUUUGGUUGUAGAAAUCGCAGGAUGGAUUUUAUUUAUGAAGAUGAGUUAAAUAAUUUUGUCGACGAAGGUGUGCUGUCAGAGUUAAUUGUUGCAUUCUCACGGGAGGGACCAACAAAAGAGUAUGUCCAACACAAAAUGAUGGAUAGAGCAGCACACAUGUGGGACCUAAUAUCUCAAGGGGGAUACUUUUAUGUAUGUGGUGAUGCCAAAGGUAUGGCUAGAGACGUUCAUCGGACUUUGCAUACGAUUGUGCAGGAGCAGGAAAAGGUGGACUCAACAAAGGCAGAGGCUAUAGUGAAACAACUUCAGAUGGAUGGACGGUAUCUUAGAGAUGUCUGGUGAUAUCGCCUUCCCUUUGGGUUGUUUUGUAUCAUCUUUCAGAACAUUGGAAUUUUAUAUAUAUCUUCAAGGUCAGGCUUCACCUGCUGGAUCUCUGCCCUUCAAAGUUUUAGCAGCAGAUUUGGACAAGACUGUUGGAAACUGAAACCUGGUUUCCCUAAAAGGUUUUAGUAUAUCGGAUCGAUCUCGGUCUGCCAUUAUUAUUUUUUCAUCCUUUUUUUUUUUUUUUUAAAUAGGUGGGUUAUUUAAUUUUUAGGAAACUACAUGUUAGCUAGUCACAAAGAUCUCAAAACAGAGACAAGAACUGCUGUAGGUUGGUUUGGAUAAUGUUGUAUGAAAUAUUUUAGUGAAUUCUGAUAAUUAAAAUAAAGCUGAAGUUUGUGGCA